GAUUUCUUAAUAAAAGCCAAUUAAACAAUUUAAUAGUCGCUUAGUUGUUUCUACAAGGUAAAUGUGAAACACAAAAAAAGGAGACGAUUCGCCACGGAGAACAAGGUUGUCCCUCCUCGGCCUCCGUUACGAGAUUUAGGAACUCCAGAUUUGUCUUUGAUAUGACAGAAAUCCGACCCGGGUCCAUUGGACCAAACUGUGACCAGGACUGAUGGCUCGUCGGCAUCGACUUCGCUCGGCGGUUUGAUAAAAAGGCUACUUCACCGUACCUUAGGGGGGGCCUUACCCCUCCCGCCACCCCUAAGGCAAACCCGCCACGCACCCCAACCCCUGUUUCCCUUCUUUCCAGCCAUACCUAAGCCAAAGCUGCCACUGCCAAGCUGUCAGACAUGUCAGGGCCUUUGCCAAGCCGGGCGCGAGUGUACACAGAGGUCAACACUCAUCGCCCGAGAGAAUACUGGGACUAUGAGUCGCAUGUUGUGGAAUGGGGAAAUCAAGAUGACUUUCAGUUGGUGCGCAAGUUGGGACGUGGCAAGUACAGCGAAGUGUUCGAGGCAAUCAACAUCACCAACAACGAGAAGGUGGUGGUAAAGAUCCUAAAGCCGGUGAAGAAGAAGAAAAUCAAACGCGAGAUCAAGAUUUUAGAAAACCUGCGUGGCGGUCCUAAUAUUAUUUCUCUCAUCGACAUAGUAAAGGACCCUGUAUCCCGGACACCUGCUUUGGUCUUUGAGCAUGUAAACAACACAGACUUUAAGCAACUGUACCAAACGCUGACAGACUGCGACAUCCGUUUCUACAUGUACGAGAUCCUCAAGGCACUCGAUUACUGCCACAGCAUGGGAAUCAUGCACAGAGAUGUGAAGCCACAUAACGUCAUGAUCGAUCACGAGCAUCGAAAGCUGCGGCUUAUUGAUUGGGGCCUGGCAGAGUUUUACCAUCCAGGACAGGAGUACAAUGUGAGAGUCGCCUCGCGCUACUUCAAAGGACCUGAGCUCUUGGUGGACUACCAGAUGUAUGACUACAGUCUGGACAUGUGGAGCUUGGGCUGCAUGUUGGCAAGCAUGAUCUUCAGGAAGGAACCGUUUUUCCACGGUCAUGACAACUACGAUCAGUUGGUGAGAAUAGCCAAAGUUUUGGGAACUGAAGACCUCUACGAUUAUAUUGACAAGUACAGCAUCGAGCUGGAGCCUCGCUUCAACGACAUCCUGGGAAGACAUUCUCGUAAACGGUGGGAGCGCUUCGUCCACAGCGAGAAUCAGCACCUGGUCAGCGCCGAGGCUCUGGAUUUCCUCGACAAACUUCUGCGCUACGACCACCAGGCCCGAGUGACCGCCCGCGAGGCAAUGGACCACCCGUACUUCUUCUCCAUCGUGAAGGAGCAGUCUCGUACGGCUGGAUCAGCCAACUUGCCAGGCGACAACUCCGCUGUCCCUGCAGCCAGCAUGGUCACUGGAAUCUCUGCCUUGCCAGCCUCCACUGCCCUCGGCCCUCUCAGCGGCUCCACCAUCUUAUCGGCUAACACGAACUCCAUGAGCAGCCCGGUGGCCACUGCCGGUGCUCCGCAAUGACAGCCAGCGUGACGUCCCCACCGUCAGUCCAGCAUGACUGGCCGAAUGCGGAAAGGGCCAGAGCGGACAGUUGCUGCUCCACAUACCCUGCUAGGAUGGUGCCACAUAACCCUUUUGACAUAACAGGAGGCCACCUUUCUUUUUUUCGUUUUUGUUUGGACUUCUCCAGAUCCAAAAUGUUAACUUUAUAUCUGAAAUGAAAUUUUGUCUCAAAAAAUGUACAUUGGUACCUCCGUCGGAUUAUUUUUGACAUUCAGAACGUUGAGUCCAAGAGCAUGUGUUGUUUAUAACAUCUCAGCAGUCCUGACUGAGACCUUUGUUAUGAGUCUGGGUUGGUCAAAAAGACCAGCAGUGACUGGACAAGAAUCUGGAAGCGUUUUUAGGACCAGCUGGUUGCCAUUCGGUACAGUUUAAUUAAUAAUGCACAUUAUUUAACUCCACAACUAAGGAGAAUCGCCAUGUCAUACAGCAGUGGUUCCCAAAGGUUCUCUGGGCCCCCCUAUGGAUAACAAUGUAACCCACCGCCCAACACAGAAAAAAAAAUCAACUGGGCACACAUCGUUCAACCAGACAUAAACCUGUACACAUAUUUUGUUUUCAAACUUCACUGAAGUUUAUUUCACACUUCAGGUUUGUAGUGUGUUGCAACAAAACACAAUACAAACCAUCUUUACAGCAAAAACACUUUAGUGUAACUUUUUUUUUUAUCCAUACCGCUUCUCUCAUCCCCCCUGCAAUGGCACUGCUUCCCCACUAGGGGGCGCGGCCCACACUUUGGGAACCAAAGUAGUCCAUCUCUUUGAGUUUGACAUCAAACAACGAGAUGGGGCAGGUGUACAACGUGUCCAUGCACCUUUCAUUUAAUUGUUUUUUUAAAUUGAUGAACAUUAAAAAUGAAUUAUUUAUUACGCAUUUCCUCUUGAGAUUCAACAAAUAGUUACAAAUGUUUUUUUGGGUGUUGGACUUUGUUCGCAGGAACCUGCAGUGCAGCCAGAGAGGCAGGGAUCCGACAACAUCUCAGUUUUUCUGACCGAUUCGCCUGUAGAGAGACGCCAAAUGAUCAGAAAGUGAAGUGGAGAAAAUAAAUAGGCCA